AUGUGCUUGGUCAACGGCAUUUUUGAUGCGAUCCUCUUUCUGGAGAGAGCUAUUCACGUGAAGUAUCCGUUGUUCUCAAGGCAAGCACCGGCUGUCUUCAAUGCAGCCUCACUAGUCUGUAUGACGUGCCCAUUGGUGGAGCUGGCAGCUGCUUCCCUUGCAGCCGCAAUUUACAUAGAAGCAUCAGAGCAGGAGAGCCGACUCUUGAUGCCUCCGUCAGUGGACAUCUCUUAUGAUGGAGAGGCUUGUGGGACCAAGGAAAGAUGGCAUAUUGCUCCCACCAUGUUUGUUCAUUCAUCCAUGUCCUUCCUUCGAAGGCCAGACGUCCAGAUCAAUUCCAGGCCUUCACAGGCUCUGGAGCAGUGGAGCAAAUGUUUGUGA